CGAGCCAAUAACAUGUCUCAGGUCAGUUCGAUGAUACUGAUGAAAAAAAAAAAGUUCCUAAAUAUAACUCUCUGAUGAUGUUAUACAAUGCAAUACAACUGUUUUUUUUUUUUUCUUUUUUUUUCUUUUCUCUCUCUAUUUCCCACAGCUUAAGCCUCCGUGAGUUUAAAUUUGCUCAGACACUGAUUUUUGCCAUUGAGGAGAUUAAUAACAGCACACAGUUGUUACCUGGUAUUUAUUUGGGCUAUAAGAUAUAUGACUCAUGUCGCUCUAUCGCUCAAACAAUCAUCUCAGGCAUUGCUUUGAUGAAUGGUUAUGAAGCCACUUUGAGUGAUAUGUCCUGUUCUAGACCACCAGCUGUUCAUGCCAUUGUUGGAGAGUCAACAUCCUCACCCACCGUUGGCUUGGCUUCUGUAGUUGGUCCAUUCAGCUUACCAGUUAUCAGUCAUUUUGCCACAUGUGCAUGCUUGAGUGACAGAAAAAGGUAUCCAUCCUUUUUCAGAACAAUAUCCAGUGAUUAUUACCAAAGCAGAGCUCUGGCUCAGCUUGUCAAGCACUUUGGCUGGACCUGGGUUGGGACAGUCAGGAGUCGCAAUGACUAUGGUAAUAAUGGAAUUUCAGCAUUUGAGGAGGCUGCAAAAGACGAGGGGGUUUGUAUUGAAUACUCAGAGGCCAUAUUAAGCAAUGAUCCACAAGAACAGUUUCUGAAGACACUGGAAGUGAUAAAAAAGGGCACUACCAGGGUUGUGGUGGCUUUUAUUGCAUUAGGUGAUUUUUUCCCCCUCCUGAAAGUAAUUUCACAGCACAACAUCACAGGGCUGCAGUGGGUUGGGAGUGAAUCCUGGAUCACUUCUCGAACUCUUGCAGAAACAAUGGAAUACAGUUUCCUUUCUGGAGCUCUGGGUUUUGCUAUAGCAAAUGCAAAACUUAUGGGCUUGCGAGAGUUCCUAGUCAAUGUGCACCCUGAUCAAGAACCAAAAAAUGAACUUUUAAAAGAAUUCUGGGAAAUAGCAUUUCAGUGCUCUUUCAGGAACAAUGGCAAUGGUGGCUGUACUGGUUCAGAGAGACUUGCUGAGCUGCAAAAUGAAUAUACUGAUGUAUCAGAGCUACGAAUAGUAAAUAAGGUAUAUACUGCAGUGUAUGCUGUUGCAUAUACAUUACAUAAUGUAUUAAAAGACAUCAUAUCCACAGCCAACAGCAGCAAAGGAGUAUGGCCUACACCACAAAUGGUGUUGAAGUAUAUGAGGGAUGUGAGAUUCACUGUUAAAACAGGUGAAGAAAUCUUCUUUGAUGAAAGUGGUGAUCCAGUGGCAAGAUAUGACCUUGUCAACUGGCAACAUGCUGAGGAUGGAAGUCUGCAGUUUGAGCAUGUGGGCCUCUAUGACAGCUCACUGCCUUCAGAACAACGUCUUCAGGUCAAUCUGGAACACAUACUAUGGACAGAGGAAAGUGGACAGUUGCCUUUGUCCGUGUGCAGUAAGAGCUGCCCCUCCGGCACUAGGAAGGCUGUGCAAAAAGGACGACCUGUCUGCUGUUAUGACUGUAUUCCUUGUGCAGAUGGAGAAAUCAGUAAUGGCACAGGUAAAAUAGUAUAUGCAGUUUAACUCUCAUAAAAUUAUGUGAGUGUGAAGUGUAAUACUCUUUAUAACAUGACUUUAUAA